CGCGGCUUACCUCGCUUGAUGGCUGCCGGGAGAUGAAGCGGGCAGCCCACCACCUCCUCCUCCUGGCCGCCGCGUUGUCCGCUGCAUCGCUUGCCACGCCGCCGCGUCCGCUGCGGCCCAACCGUGCGGCUGCGGACGCCCUCGGCGCCGCCGUGCCGUCGCCGCAGCUCGAUCCCGCGCUCGUGGCAGAGCUAAGCGAAGCCGUCGCGCCGCCGCCGGGCGAGGCAGCGUCCGAGGCGGCGCUGCUCGACCCGGUCAAAUUCGCCUUCAACACCGCCAUCGUCGACUCCGUCAAGGGGCUGAUUGACCUCGCGUAUCCCGACCGGCCCUUUGCCCGCUUCUACGUCCUCGAGACGGUGGCGCGCGUGCCGUACUUUGCGUACCUGUCGGUGAUGCACCUGCGAGAGACGUGGGGAGAGCGAGACGCCUCUCUGCGCGAGCGGAUGCGGGUCCACUAUGCGGAGGCGGACAACGAGCUGCACCACCUGCUCAUCAUGGAGUCGCUCGGCGGCAACUCCUCUGCCGUCGACCGCGCCGUUGCGCAGGGCCUCGCCACCGCAUACUACUGGUGGGUCGUCUUUGUCUUUGCGCAUGAUGAGCGCGCCGCCUACCACCUUAGCGAGCUCGUCGAGGACCACGCGUACCGGACGUACGACGCCUUCCUCGCCUCGCACGAGGUCGAGCUGCGGGCGCUGCCGGUGCCCGAGGUGGCGCGCCGGUACUACGAGCAGGAGAACCCCUUCCUGUUCGACUUGCUCUGCACGAUCGGCGACGGGGAGGAGGAGGCGGCGGCGGAGGCGGCGGAGGCGGAGGCGGCGGAGGCGGAGGCGGCGGCGGGGCGGGGGAAGGGGCGCGCGAAGAGCAGUUGGAUCCAAUGGACCUAUCGCAAGUGGGCUGGGGGGGCGGGGCCGCUCGAGCCCGCCGCCGCCGCCGCUGAGCCCGAGUGCCCGCGGAGGCCGCGGCUGCGCUCGCUGUACGACGUCUUUGUCUGCGUGCGCAACGACGAGCGCGAGCAUUGGGGCGCGAUGAGCUCGCUCGUGUCGACGGGGACCGUGCGCGCCGCCGGCGCCGCCGGCGUCUCUUCCACCCGCCCGGCCGCCGGCACGGGGCUGGGCGCGUGGCUUGCGCCGUACCUGUCCAGGACGACGCCGCUGCCGCCCGGCCCGGUGGACGGAGGCCUCCGAGGGCGGCAGUAGCGGCUGAGUGUUGGGGCAGCGCCAAACCUCGCGACAGCCGACAUUUUCGACGGUGCUGUGGUGGCGUGCGCCGUCGGUGGCGGUGCCGGUGGGCGGUGGCGGUGCCGGCUUUUGGUCCGUUAGCUUCCGCGUUCUGGUGGGCCAGUGCGAGCGCCACCCCCGGAUACGCGCAUUUCUGUUUCUUUGUCGUAGGUAUAUUCUUUGU